AUGCUAUCCACUCAGCCCAGACGGACUUCGAAGCGUGUGAUAGCCUCAUACCUGCUCGAUUGGGCAUUCAUCAUUAUCCUCGUGGUCACAGGUGGAAUCCUCUACAAAAUCACCGGCUCCGAACACGUGUUCUCCCUCGACGAUGCGAACAUCUCCUACCCCCUCAAAUCCGAUACCGUCUCCAUCACAACCGUCGGAAUCGUCUGCUGCGUCGUUCCCGCCCUCCUCAUCGCAGCCAUCUGCCUCCUCACUCCCCUCCCCUGGCAUCGUCGCCUCUGGGAAUGGCACGCCGGAUGGCUAGGCCUAGCCUUGAGUCUAGCGGGUGCAUUCUUCCUCACCUCUGGCCUGAAAGACGUAGUGGGUAAACCACGACCGGAUCUCCUGGCCCGCUGCCAACCCGAUUUAACCAAUCUCACCACCUACGCUGUGGGUGGACUGGGUCUCCAGCGCGCAGAGUCACCAGUUAUGGUCACAUCGGCUAUUUGCCAGAACCCCGACGCGACUGUCAUCAAAGCCGGGUUCGCUGCUUUUCCGUCCGGUCAUUCUUCCUUCUCAUGGGCAGGUCUGCUUUAUCUGUCGCUAUGGAUGGGUGCGAAGUUUGCGGUGUCUGUUCCUGUCCGCUCUACAGCUCUGAGCGCUGCGGGAAGAGAUAAGAAGACAGACUCGUCAUUCAGCAGGGCGUCGGCGAUAGCAGCUCCGCCGUUGUAUCUUCUUGUGCUUAUUGCCAUUCCUGUUGGUGGUGCGUUAUAUAUCUGUGCGUCGCGGUAUAUGGACUACAUGCACGCUGGGUGGGAUAUCCUGGGAGGCAGUUUGAUUGGGAUUGUGUUUGCUAUAUUAGGGUUUAUGUGGUAUCAUGCUCCUGCAGGAUUGGCAUAUGGUGGAUGGGCUUGGGGGUCAAGACAGAGCGAUGGAGCAUUUGGGGCUGGCUUUGGAGAUGGUUUAUGUGCUGGUAGUGGGAGUAGGAAUAAGGAAGGUAGUAGAGAUGGGUAUCAAGAUUUGGAGCUUGGUGCUAUGCAUGCCUCGCAAGGAGUGAUACGGGAUGCCUAG